GCAACAUAUUACAAAAAAAAUUGGAAUGUUAUAGACUGUUGAAUACUUUUAUCAUAUACUUCCAAAAGAAGAUCGAAUACACUAUUAAUUUUUUUAAAUCCAAAAUCAACUUGCGUUAAGUGUCAACCUGCCUUGCUCUAUUUUAAACGCGUUUUUCUCAAGUUAUUAUUUUCAGUGAAGUAAAUUACAGCUUUAUAUUAAUUUUAAACAUGGGAAAUACAAUUCAAGUUCCAGAAACUCCAGAAGACCAUGAAAAAAGUUUUGACGAAAUAAAUGAUAAUGAAUGUUUGGCUAUGCAAUCGUUGAUAAAAGUUAUUAAUAAGCUACAGGAGGUAUUUUCUGUAAUCGGUAAACAUGAAAUUAGUUUACCUCAAAUCGUUGUGGUUGGAACUCAAAGCUCAGGAAAAAGUUCGGUCCUAGAAAGUUUGGUAGGGAGAUCUUUUUUGCCACGCGGUACGGGAAUUGUUACUCGAGCACCACUAGUGCUGCAAAUGAUUAAGUAUUCUGAAGAAGAUUUUAAAAAUAUGAUUGAAAAAACAGAAAUCGACAAUAUUAAACAAUGGGCUAUAUUCAGCCAUAGACCUGAUGAAAUAUUUUACGAUUUUGAUAAAGUUCGAGAAGAAAUCGAAACUAGAACAGAUAUAUUGGCUGGUUCGUUUAAAGGAAUAACUCAUAAACAAAUCAUAUUAAAAGUAUACACAAAUAAGUUUGACUUAACAUUUGUCGACUUACCAGGAUUAACCAAAGUUCCAGUCGGUGAUCAACCCGAGGAUAUUGAUGAACAAAUACAAGAGCUUGUGCACUUCUACGUUAACCAAGAAAACACGAUUAUAUUGGCAGUAGUAACGGCUAACACGGAUCCAUCGACUAGUGAAAGUUUAAAAAUCGCUAGAAAAGUAGAUCCAGAAGGGCACAGGACUAUCGCUGUCGUAACUAAACUCGAUUUAAUUGACAAGGGUACGUUACAAGAUACAGCGGAUUUACUUUGCGGUCAAAAAAUUCCUGUUAGGCUUGGUAUUAUCGGUGUAAUCAACAGAUCUCAAGAAGACAUUAAUGAUAAAAAAUCUUUAAAACUUGCAAUAAAAGCAGAGGAGGAGUUUCUAAAAAAAAAUUAUCCAGAAAUAUGUCAGUUUAAUGGUAAUAAAGCAUUGUCAAAUUUAUUACAACGUGUUUUAAUAACUCAAAUAAAGAAAACUUAUCCGAUUUUAAAAGAUAAAUUGGAACUAACAAAGGUACAUCUGGAAGACGAGUUAAAACUAAAAAAAACUCCUGAAAGCAAUGCAUCUUUUGUGUAUGGCUUAUUAAAAGACAUGAGCAAAUCUUAUUGUGAUACUGUCAAUGGAAAUCGAAAAAAUGUAUCUGAUAAAUGUAUUGAGGGCGGAGCGAAAAUUGUUAACAUGAUUAACAAAGAGUACUUGCAAAAAAUUAUUGAUAUAGACCCUUUACAAGAUUUAGAUAAAUCUAAGAUAGCCAAUAUUUUAUUGAACUCAUCUGGAACAAAAAAAUGCUCCAUUGUAAACGAAAAAGCGUUAAAAAUAUUAGUUAGUCGGCAACUUAAAUUUUUAACUAAACCUUCAUUAGACUGUGUAUAUCUUGUACGGGAAGAAAUGUCAAACAUAUUUGAUUCAAUCGAUGAAAGAAUUUUAGAAAAAAUUAAGAGAUUUCCGAGACUCUUCAAUCAAGUAAAAAUCAAACUCAAUAAUAUGCUAGACGAAACAGUGAAUGAUGUAAAGUAUUUCGUUAAAAGCUAUGUAAAAACAUAUCAAAAUUGCAUUACUACGAUUAGUCCAGAUUUUCUUUCAGAAUUGAUACAAUCAGAAAAACUCUUGGCCCUCGCUUCGGGCGCGGAGUUUACUGAAGAAACAGAAGUAUUUUCUGACUAUGAGGAGGAUAAAAAUUAUGUUAAACAAUCUGUUAAAUAUGUUAAUUAUGGUCAAUUAAGGAUCAUAAUGACGGACGAAGAAAAAAAACAAGUUCUUUUAAAAAUACUUAGUGGUACAAAUGAAUUGAAUAAAAACAAUGAAAUAUCUAAUCAAGUAGAGUUUCAUAGAAAAUUGACAAAAUGUUACUUUAAAUUCGUGAGAAAAAACGUUAUGGAUUUUGUGGCUAAACGAAUACAUUAUAAAAUGAUUGAUUCAAUCUUAGACAAUUUUGAAAAAUAUAUGAUUCAAAAUAUUUUUGAACCAUAUAUGAGAGAAAAUAAGUUUAAUGAAAUUUUACAGGAAGAAGAAGAAAUUAUUAAAUCUAGAAUAAAAGCCGAAAUGAAUCUGAAUGCCGUGAAAAAAGCAUUAGAGACAAUGACUGAAGUUCAAAUGAUAUGACAGACUAAUUAUCUUAUAACAAUUUCUAGUGUCAUAAUAUAUUGUUGAUUGUACACAAACAAGAUAAUAAAAUUUUAUACAUCAAU